AUGGAGUCAUCCAGCCCCUUCACAUCCAUACUGGUCUCCCCCUCCGAGCUAAAUGCCGCAAUCGAAUCGAACCCCCGGCGCAUCGUCCCCGUAGCAGCGGGCGCCAGCACCCGCCGCGGGGAAUUCACCGCGCAGCACAUCCCGGGCUCCAUAUUCUUCAACAUGGAUGAAAUCAGAGACAAAUCCCACCCAAUCACGCAAAUGCUGCCCAGCGCGGCAGACUUCGCAGCAGCGAUGACAGCCAUGGGCGUUCAGCGCGACGAUAUCCUCGUCGUGUAUGAUACGGUCGACGUAGGCAUGUACUCUGCGCCGCGGGUCGCAUGGACUUGUCGGUUUUUUGGUCACCGUGAUGUUCAUGUCUUGAACAAUUUCCGCGCUUACGCAAGGGAGGGUUAUCCCGUUGCCACAGGUGAAGUGGUCACCUUCCCUGAUCGGCCGGCUGCGGGGUCGCAGCCGUAUUCCGCGCGUGAGCCUGUCGCGACGGACGUUAUUGGGUAUGAUGAGCUGCGGGAGGCUGUGCGGGGCCCCGACGAGCCGUAUCGGAUUAUCGAUGCCCGGAUACCGGGGAGGUUCGCGGGCACGCAGGAAGAGAUGUCGCCUGAGUUGAGGUCCGGGCAUAUCCCUGGGGCUGUGAAUGUGCCGUUGGCGGUGUUGUUGGAUGAUGAGAAGGCAUUUCUUUCGGUGGAAGAGCUGAGGCGCGUGUUUGACAAUGCGGGCGUGAGGGGCGACAGGGCUGCUGUUUUGACGUGUAAUUCGGGGGUUACUGCUGCGGCGCUGGAUCUGGCGAUGGGGUUGAUUGGGUAUAAGGCACAGAGGAGGCUGUAUGAUGGGAGUUGGAUGGAGUGGACACGGAGGGCGGAGGAGGAGUUGGUUGUUGCUAGUUAG